CUUCUGAAACUGAGUUAAUUUCUGGUGGAUCUGAUAAACAACUCAUUCUUUGGGAAUGGAAUGGAACAGGAACGUGGAAUAAUCAGCUUGUGAAAAGCAUUCCUCUCAAAGGCCAUGCUGAAGCUGUUUGUGCUGUGGAUGCUGUCUGCCAGUCAAAUGAACCUGAUUUAAAUCUGCUGAUAGCUUCUGCAGCUUCUGACUCCACUGUGAGAAUCUGGUCUCGGCGUGGUUCAGAAGCUAAAUGCAUUGAAGUUCUGCAGUUUGGAAAUGGAUUUGUUAUGGAUGUCUGCUUAUCCUUCUUGCCUGGCAGCAAUGUACCAAUACUGGCUUGCGGUGGUGAUGAUUGCAAAAUAAGUUUGUUUAUACAGCAGAAUGGUCAGUUUCAGAAAACGUUAAUACUCCCCGGCCAUGAAGAUUGGAUAAGAGGCAUUGAAUGGGCAGUCUGUGGUGAAGACCUUUUCUUAGCAAGCUGUGCUCAGGAUUGUUUGAUAAGAAUUUGGAAAGUGUGUACAAAAUCAAAGCAACUUCCAGAAACUGAAGACGAUGCCAUAAGACUGAAAGAGAAUGUUUUUACUGUCAAAGAUGCUGAUACAACAUAUGCAGUUACUUUGGAGUCAGUGUUGGCUGGUCAUGAAAACUGGGUAUAUGCAGUUCACUGGCAACCUUCGUUUUCCAAAGAUGGCAGCAUGCAACAGCCAAUGAGGAUACUGUCUGCGUCAAUGGACAAAACUGUGAUCAUCUGGGAACCUGAUAAGGAAUCUGGAGUCUGGCUAGAACAGGUGCGGGUAGGUGAAGUGGGUGGCAAUACCCUUGGAUUUUUUGACUGCCAGUUUAGUCCAGAUGGUUCAAUGAUUGUUGCUCAUGCUUUUCAUGGAGCACUACACCUUUGGAAACAGGCUACAGUUAAUAAGAAAGAAUGGACUCCAGAAGUUGUGAUUUCAGGACAUUUUAACAGUGUAGAGGAUGUAAAGUGGGAUCCAGAAGGAGAGUUUAUCAUCAGUGUUGGUUCUGAUCAAACUACUAGACUCUUCGCUCCAUGGAAAAGAAAACAAGGGACAGAGGUAACCUGGCAUGAAAUUGCAAGGCCUCAAGUACAUGGAUACGACAUGCGUUGUCUGGCGAUGAUCGGCCGGUUUCAGUUUGUGUCGGGAGCAGAUGAAAAAGUGCUUCGAGUUUUUCGUGCUCCCAAGAAUUUUAUAGAAAAUUUCAGUAAUAUCACUGGUAUUCCAAUGAAGAAGCUGUGCUCCCAUCAAUCGUCUGAUCUUCCAGAAGGUGCAACUGUGCCAGCUUUGGGAUUAUCCAAUAAAGCUGUUUUUGAAGGAGAUAUGGCUGUUCAACCAGCUGAGGAUGAAGAAACAUUUAAUACCAUUUCGAACCAGUAUCCUGAGAUUUAUUUUCAACCCUUGAUCCUCACAGAACCUCCCCCAGAGGAUCACUUGCUGCAGAAUACCUUGUGGCCUGAAAUUCAGAAGUUAUAUGGACAUGGAUAUGAAAUUUUUUGUGUUGCUUGCAAUAAUUCAAACACUGUAAUUGCCUCAGCAUGUAAGGCUUCCAAAAAAGAACAUGCAGGAAUUAUUUUGUGGAGCACUACUUCUUGGAAGAAACUGCAGAGUUUGUCAUUUCACAAUCUGACUGUUACUCAGCUGGCAUUUUCUCCUAAUGACAAAUUUUUAUUAGCGGUUUCUAGAGACAGGAAUUGGUCACUGUGGAGGAAACAAGACUCAUCAGAGUCAG